GUUGAUCGCCACCACCCCAUCAUCAACAACCCACCGCGGGCGGCCAUGUCGAACGAUGUCAACGUCAAGGUGGCCGUGCGGUGUCGUCCGAUGAGCUCCAAGGAGGCGCAGAUGGGCUCGCGGUCUAUCGUCAAAGUCGCCGAUCAGUGCAUCGCGAUCGAGAACCCGAACGACCCGUCGGACGACAAGAAGUUUACGUUUGACUACGCGUACUUUACCGACUCGGUGCAGUCGCAGGUGUAUGUCGACGUAGCGCAGCCGCUGGUGGACCAGGCGUUCCAGGGGUACAACGGCACCAUCUUUGCGUACGGGCAGACCGGGUCGGGGAAGACACACACGAUGAUGGGGACAGGCGACGACCACGGAAUCAUCCCCAAGAUGAACGAAGACUUGUUCCGUCGCGUCGAAGCGCAGUCCAGCGACACGACCAAGUUCCUCAUUACAGUGUCAUUUCUCGAGAUUUACAACGAAGUGAUCAAGGAUCUAUUGAACCCGUCCGACAAGGUGCUCAAGAUUCGCGAGCACCCUGACAUGGGCAUCUACGUCGAGCAUUUGGCCGAGUUGGUUGUGCGGGACCCUGCCGACGUGACGCGGCUGCUGGACGAAGGCAACAAGGUGCGCCAAGUCGCCGCGACGCAAAUGAACGAGCGGAGCUCCCGAUCCCACAGCUGCUUUACCAUCAAGAUUGCAUCCAAAAGAGUCGAAACGCUCCAAGCCAUGACACGGCAAACCAUGAUGAACGCUAAGAUCAACCUUGUGGACUUGGCCGGGUCGGAGCGCGCCGCCAAGACGGGCGCCACGGGCGACAGACUCAAAGAAGGCGCGGCCAUCAAUAAGAGCCUCAGCGCGCUCGGAAAUGUUAUCAAUAUGCUCGCGGAUCGAUCUAAAAAAGGCCAUGUCCCGUACCGAGACUCGAAACUCACGCGGUUGCUGCAAGAAUCGCUGGGCGGGAAUUCGCUCACGGUCAUGAUCGCCGCUGUGAGUCCGGCCGACUACAACUUUGACGAGUCCCUGGGGACGUUGCAGUAUGCAAACCGCGCCAAGUCCAUCAAGAAUGCCACAAGGAAGAACGAGGACGUGAAUGAGAAGAUGAUUCGCGAAUUGCGCGAGGAAAUCGAACGGCUGCGUCAGAUGGUCCAAGGCGGGACUCUGCACCAGGCACAUUCGCAGCCGAACCCCGAAGCACUCAGAGAUAUGGACGAAAUGAUUGCCAACUUGGAGCGCGCCAAGCAGCAGUCGUGGGAGGAAAAGGAGCGGCUGGCCCGGUUAUAUGAAGACGAGCGGCAAAAGAGUUUGGCGAAUGACAAAAAUAUCUUGGCGUUUAUGCAGACGGUCAAGGAAGAGAAAAUCGACGGCAUCAAGCGGGUCAAAGCGCUGCAUCAGGACAAGGCGAAAUUGGCCAAAGCCUUUCGAGAGCGAAAGGAUAAGUACGGGCAGAUUAAACUCAAGCUCCAGCACGACAUCCAAGCGUACCAAGAUGCUCUCAAAGCCAACGCCGCCGACGCGGUGGUCCAGCCCGUGCUCCGAAGCAUCGAAGAUACCAAACAGCUGCUGAUUUAUGAGCGAGAUGGCCUCGGCGUGCUGAAAGAACGGCAAAAAGACAUUGAAGUCCGCAUCCUAGAGGAAGAGGCAGAUAUUGCGACCAAGAGCGCAGUGCUCCAAGAGAACGAAAAGCUGCGCCAGGCAAUUCAAGAAGACGAACGCGCCAAGAUGCAGCAGGAGAAAGAAAUGUUCCUCGAACAAGCCCUCGCGGACGAGCGGCGGCGACUCCACGCCCAAGCUGAAGACGAGCGGGUCAAGCUGGACCAGAUUCUAUCCGAGAGCGUGGACAAAGAGAAGCGACUAGCCGAGGAAGUGAUCAAACAGCGCAACAAGUCGGUGGCCAUGAGCGAAGAAAUGCAUCGACUCAAGCACAAGUACGCGGACGAUCAGACGAAAACCAAGCUACAACUGCAGGACAUGCUCCAUGGUCUGCAAACCCAAUGGCUGUAUGAAAAGAACCACUUGGACGAAAAGUUUGUCGAGGCCAUGCGACUGCUCACGAAAGCACAUGCGGAUAUUGUGUACCUAACAAAAAAGAACGACGCGCUGGAAAGGCAACUGUACGACCUACACGAACAGCAGCAUCGUGUGAAGAAUGGACAACACUAGGGAUACAUAUGUACCUGCCUGUAUCGCAGAUAUUCAACCGUGGACGUUGUUAGAACUAAAAAUAACAACGAAACCUAACG